UCAUGGCGAACGCGGAGCCGGGUGCAGGUAUACCUGUUACUUCGUUGUAUUCGUGUCACCGAACCCGUUCCACACGGCUACAAGCAACAACGGAAGCGCUGUUUGAGCAGCUCGACAACGGCAACCUAUCCGACGUAGACGGGGAAUUCGAUGAAUCAGACGACGAGAGAGUGUUGCCUUGUGCUCCUGAUGAAGAUCCAGUGGAGAGCGACACUGACAGCUCCGAUGACGAGAGUGCACUGAACACAUCUGGUGGCUGGAGACGAAAAUUAUUCAAGGCGCCAGACUUUUUUUUGACAACUACUUUACGUCCCUGCCACUGCUCCGUGUAAUGCUGGGUAAAAAAAUAUUUGCUGCCGGCACUAUAAGAUCGGACAGGUGUGAAAAGUGCCCCUUGAAGACUGAAAAAGAACUGAAAAAAAGCGGCCGCGGUUCUUGAGACUGCGUGGUC